CUAACAAAAAAGAAAAUAUAUAAAUAUAUAAUCUAUAUUUAUCGGAUAGAUUAAUAUCUUUUUUCCACAACGUAUAGUUUUUUACUUCUUGACUAUAAAAGAUAAAAUAUAUUUUUAAUUAUAAAAGACCGAUCGUAUUUAUAUUGUUAAAAAGUUAUUGUGUACAUAACGAAAUUUUUAAGAAGCAAAAAUUACGAUGGAAUUAAAGCUAUAAUUCAUCGUAAUAUUCUACAAAUUAUUGAAAAUCUUACAAUUAAAUAUUCUCUUAAGCUUGUAAUACAACUAUUACGAUGCCUAGUUCUUAUUUAUAUGCUAUAAAUAAUGAGGGACGGGUAUUUGGCUUAUCGACAUCUGGGACUAUGUGGCGUGAAUUUAUGUACUUGGGACUUGAAUUUAAACAACUUUCUGCAGUGCCUCAUUUCAUGUGGGCGAUUGGUGGUGAUCGUCAAGUUUAUGUUCACGUUCACGGCUUAGAUAUACCUAUUAGAAUUAAGGAAGAAACUUAUGAGAACGAGCGCUGGCUUCCAUUAGAAGGAUUUAGUGGACGAUUAUUACCUACAGAUAGAUAUAAUUUUUCUAAUCAAGAUGGUACUGUCGAUCGUAGUCGAGAUAAAGUUAAACUUCCAUCUAUGGCUUGGCAAUGGGAAGGUGAUUGGCACGUAGAGACAACGCUGGAUGGUCAACCAUUAGAUCAUGAUGGCUGGACAUAUGCAGUUGAUUUUCCAGCAACAUAUUCAGCAAGAAAACAAUGGAAAUCUUGUGUUAGAAGGCGCAAAUGGGUCCGAUAUAGAAGAUACAGUGCUAUGAACUCUUGGUGUGCAAUUGCACCGCUUCACAAAGAUCCAACCAAAGAACCAUUUAUUGAUGUGGCUGUUGGAGGUAACCAAAUGCCUGGUGGUAAUCCUGGUGGUUUAGUAGUCUGGGCAGUAACAGCUCAUGGAAGGGUGAUGUUUCGUGUAGGAACAAGUACAACUUGCCCCGAAGGUCAAAGAUGGAGUUCCAUUAAAUUAAAUAAUGGACACGAGGUUUGUCAAAUAAGUGUAGGAGUAACAGGUCUAGUUUGGGCAAUUCUAUUAGCUGGAAAAGCCAUCAUUCGAACGGGGAUUACUAGAGAAAAUCCAAUGGGUGAUGAUUGGACUGAAGUAGAACCACCACAGAAAGAUUUAAGAUUAAUACAAGUUAGCGUAGGUACGGAUGCCGUAUGGGCAGUUACGCACGAUGGUAGUGUCUGGUUUAGGAAAGGUAUUAAGGGUGAGAUGAGUGGCGUUUGUGAACAAUUGGCAGCAGGAACUGGAUGGGUUGAAAUGUUAAGUAAAAUGGCAUUGGUAUCUGUUGCUCCAAACGAUCAGGUUUGGGCUAUUGGUUACGAAGACAGAUGUCUUUAUUAUCGUAUGGGUAUAACACGAUCAGAAUUAACAGGAAAAAAAUGGAGAUUAAUUAAUGCUCCUCUUCAAUUAAGUAGAGCAAGUAGCAAUGCAAGCUUAUCUUCGAGUAAUAGACAUAGUAUGUGUGGUACACCGCAACAACAACGCCAUCAAAGUUGGAGCUCUUUGAAUCGACCUCAUAGUACUAGUGAAGGAACUGCAUUGGUUAGAGAAUGGGAGGAACAAUCGCGAUCAGCACCAACACCAACGUCUUUGAAGUUAUGGCAACGUACUAACGACGUUAACAAAAAUGCUCAAACAUCUUGCCAAGAUAUAUAUGCUACAGAAGAUAAAAAACGAUCAGCAAACUCUUUAGAUAUGAGUGACUUAACAGAAACAAAUGUUGCGAACAUAACAAUAUCAAACGAAUCAUUAACUAAAACUGGAGAAUCUAUAAUUGUCUCUGGUAAAGGCAUGAGUAGUACGGUUAAGGUGAAUCCAGCUGCAUGGAGUCCUGUACAUUCUGUUGGCUCUAUGGUUGGUGUUGAAGCACAUCCUGAAACAGAUGGGAGUAUUUUUGAUCCUGAUUUAACUGGCGAUUCUGGUGUAUAUGGAGAGGAUGAAAGCGCAGCAAUAGUUUAUUGGGCCGAAUGUGAUGCAUUAUGGUACAAAGUAGAAGCCGGUGCAUGUUACAUGGAUCCAUCGAAUCCUCCUAAGUGGAUUUCAGAUACCAAUGGUGUAAUGCACGGAGAAAUUGCUGAACCAUGGAGGAUAUACAUCCUAGAGGAAUUAAAAAAUAGAUUGAAAGGAAUAGAUUUAGAUUUGUCGAAAUAUGAAAAAGCCAUAGAAAAGUCAUCCUGGGUUAAAAAUGGUGAUGCAAGGUGUAAAGUAAAAGGAAGUAAUGCCUAUGAAGAUUGUAUUAUUGAAUUAGAAUGGAUAAGUAGUGAUACUGGAUCAUUAGACUCUGGUACUUUAACAAUUUUAAAUUCCGAUGGUGCUACGAUUUUUAUGCAAUUCCCAAUAUCUGAGAUAAGUUGCGUUAUUUGCUGUAGUGAACCAGGCAAUCCGCGUAUAACGAUUCAUACUCCUAAAUUAAUGCGCUCUAAAAUUCUUACAUUACAAUUUGCAAGUGACACUGAUAUGGAAGAUUGGCUGGCACAUUUGACUUCUGUUUCUUGCCAAACUAAUAAUAUUUAUGGGAAGCCAGGUCCUAAUUCUAUUUGGGUCACCACCGCAUUAGGAGACGUUUAUGUAUAUGAUCCAACUAUAACAGAGGAAAAUCAAUUUUCUGGAGACGGCUAUGUACAAGAAUUAGAUGCAGCUGGUAAAGAUUUACCAUUUGAAAGUAUUUUACAAAAUAGUUUUGGAUAUGGCAGUUCAUUGAAAAUAACAGUAUGUAUCCACGAUGAUGCCGAUAGACUUUCGUUUAAUCUAGUAUGUUAUACUACAACAUCUUUAAAACAAAAAAAUAUAACAGAUUGUCAUGAUGUAGCACUGCAUUUUAACCCACGACUCAAAGAAAAUGUAAUAGUAAGAAAUACCUAUCAGAGUGGACAAUGGGGCGAUGAGGAAAGAAACGGAGGUAGCCCAUUAAAACCAGGGUCCGAUUUUAUACUAAAUAUUGUUUGCGAAGAACGCGGAUAUAGAAUUUUUAUCAAUGAUUCAGAAUAUACAUUUUAUAGCCACAGAAUAUCACCGCAAAAUAUAACGCAUCUAAGAAUUAAAGGAUUAAUGACGCUAUGCAGUGUUCUAUACAAAUCAAUGUCAAUUAUAAUCGAACCAAUAACAAUAUUCUGGAGACAAAUAGGUGGACAUCUGAAAAAAGUAGAAACCUGUUCUGUCGGUGUCACAUGGGGCAUAGGAUACGAUAAUACUGCCUGGGUAUACACUAAUGGUUGGGGGGGAACUUUUUUAAAAGGAUUAGGAACUUGCAAUACUGGAAUAAAUACAAUGGUAGAUACACACAAUUAUUUUGUUUAUGAAAAUCAAAGGUGGAAUCCAGUAACUGGAUAUACUUCUCAUGGUCUUCCAACGGAUCGUUAUAUGUGGAGCGAUGUAACAGGUCGUCAUAAACGUACUCGAGAACAUACUAAAUUAUUAUCAAUGCACUGGCAAUGGGUAUCAGAUUGGAUUGUUGAUUUUCAUACCCCUGGAGGUGUUGACAGAGACGGAUGGCAAUAUGCCACGGAUUUUCCAUCCCAGUAUCAUGGGAAAAAACAAUUUACUGAUUACGUACGAAGAAGAAGAUGGUUUAGAAGAUGUCAACUUACUACCAGUGGCCCUUGGCAAGAGCUAGGAAAUACAAAACUAGUCGACGUAUCUUUAUAUACAUCUAGUAAACCCGGUGAAGAUUCUCUUAUCCACGUUUGGGCAGUUGCAUCUAAUGGCGAAGCCUUAUUCAGACGAGGUGUAUCUGAAUCUUGUCCAAUGGGUGUAUCAUGGGAACAUAUACCAAGCGAUCAACCAUUAAUUGGUAUUUCUUGUGGACCAAAUGGUCAAGUAUGGGCAGUUGGAAUAAAUGGUUCUUCUUAUUGGAGAUUUGGUGUUACACAAACAAAACCUACAGGUCUACAAUGGCAAAAUGUUGAACCGCCGUCAGGAGCACAAUUAAAACAAAUCUCCGUUGGAAAUAAUGUCGUAUGGGUUCUGGACACAACAGGUAGAUUAUCUAUUCGUCGUGAUAUACAAGCCGACGUUUUUCCAGAGGGAAGCCAUUGGCAAACGUUACCAGCGAUGCCAAAUGAUCCUAUUCACAUAGAUAUCUCUGUUAUAAAUUCGAAGCAAGGAUUUAGACAUAUUUCUGUUGCCAAAGAAGAUGGACAAGUUUGGGCUGUUUCUGGAGCUGGUAUAAUAUGUCGAAGAAUUGGCGUAACUAAUGAAAAUCCAGCUGGAACAGGAUGGGCAACCGGUAUUGGGGCGAAUUGGCAACAUUUAAGCGCUGGAGGUUUAAUUAAUAGAAGGAAUUAAUUGCUUAUUAAAAUAAUUCGUAAUAUAACAGGUACAAUGAAAUUCAUUUUCAAUAUAUCUUUUCAUUAUGUGUAUGUAUAUAUAUGUACUUAUAUAUACAUAAUGUAAAUGACAAACGGUAUGAAAGUUUUUCAUACGUGUUACAUUCCAUAGUACAGGAAAAUAUUAUAUUUUUAAUUCAAUUUCAAUUGUAAGUAUUUGCGUAAUAAUGAUUAGUUAUAAUCAUAUAUAUAAAAUAAAAUAUACCAAAACUUUUAUAUAUAUAUUAUUGGUAAUCAUAUUUAUAUUUAAGUAUGAACAAAUUGAUUUGUUUUUAUGCAAUGAUGUGUGACAAAUUUAGAAUUACAGUAUUUAUUUAAAUAUUGUUUUAAGUUUUAAAGCCAAUGUGUACUUGCUUAUGUUAUAAUUAUUUUGUUUUUACGAAUUGUAGAUUUUAGAGAAUUAAAAAAGAAAGGGGAGAUCCGAUUUUGCAAUUGGAAAAUUGUUAGGACAGAAUAUAAUAAAUAAUAUACAUUUUUUGAGUCUUUUAAAAUGUAAUAUCAAUAUCAUUUACUUCUUCACAAUUUUUGUAUGAAAACGCAUAUAUUUUUUAUAUAAAUUAAUGCCACGAUAGAAAUAUAUCACAAUAAUCUUAAUUAUUUUAUAUAAAAUAUGAUAAUUGAAAAUAUUACAAAUAAUUAUGUAAACGAGUUUUUUUUAAAUCUUAUUUUAUGAUUUUACGUUGCUGUGAACUUAUAUUUAUUAUAUAAUGUUAUUGUAGAUUUAAAAUUUCGUUACGAUUCUACUG